AUGGGGUGCUUCCAUUCCACGGCGAAGCGGCAACACCCUAGCUAUGAGGACCCCGUGCACCUCGCCUCCCAGACCGCCUUUGUAUUUUUAAUCUCUUCGAAUACUGAAAUUAUGCUGUCGGUCGCAAUCUCCAUCGCCGUCCCCAACCCUACUGCUCCAUCCCGCGGUCGCGUGCGCCUUCCGCUACGCGGGGUCCCCGCUGCUCCACGCCGCACCGUCGCCUCUUUGGCAGUGUCCACCCCCAGGUCCGGCGUCGCCUCCUCGUUUCUCGAGCGCCGCGAGUCGGAGCGCGCUCUCCACUUUGUCAAAUACCAGGGCCUCGGCAACGACUUCAUAAUGGUGGACAACAGGGAUUCAUUGGUGCCGAAGGUGACGCCCGAGGAGGCCGCGAAGCUGUGCGACCAAAACUUCGGCAUUGGCGCCGACGGUGUUAUCUUCGUCAUGCCGGGGGUCAAUGGUGCCGACUACACCAUGAGGAUCUUCAACUCUGAUGGCAGCGAACCAAAGAUGUGUGGUAAUGGAGUCCGUUGCUUCGCUCGGUUUAUAGCCGAGAUUGAAAAUCUGCAGGGGACAAAUAGGUAAUGUCGGUGUUUCGGGUCCGACCGCGCACCCAGGGUUAUCCCCCAAGGUGCUUUUAGGAGUAGGACGGUGUUACCGACUGUAGCUCAAUGGUUCGUGCCGGGCGCACGAGAAAUAGUAGACAAUGAUGUACAGGUUCGGGCCGCUUUGAGAUGUGUAACACCCUACGUCUUGGCUGGAAUGCUUUAUGCGAUGAGUUACAAGGGAGCUCUCUAGUGCUGGAAAACGUAGAGAGCGGGGUGGAUGGCUGAGUAAAGAAUGAUGUCGAUUGAUUGUCUUGAAGGGGUGCCCCCUAGGCCUUAUAUACUCGACCGUGGGGCAUUACAUGUGGAUAUGAUAACAACGUGAGCCAGAAUAAUAGUGAACUAACUGAGUCUGUCUCCCUAUAA